UACUGGUACAACUGCCUCUGGAACUGGCAGUGGAAGCAACAAUGAGAAAGCCUCCCCCUCAUUCCUCACGCUCUUCGCCAUGAUUUAUUCUAAAUCACAACAUAUAUUCAAGAGAGUGGCGGCGAAGAAGAUAAGACACUUUGCUCUGGAUCUAUGUUUCGUGUCACUUGGCAUAAGGACAGGCUAUCUUUUUGAUGCCUUUGCCAUCUCGGGCCUACAGCAACGCCGCCCUGCAUUAUUCAUUGACGUGCUGGCCUCUCUACGUCAGGUCGUCCCAGCAUUGGAAGAUGUUAUCAUCCUCCACGAGCCUAUCUCCGACCAGCUCUUCUUCGUGAACUUUGCUUUGUUAGAAGCAAGGUGUGCACGGAUACCAGGUCUCGGAGAUCAUCCCAGACGCCAGGACGAUCCGCACGGAUGGCCCUUCUUUGUGCAACUCUCCGAAGUGCCCACGCUGGUGGAGUUCCCAACUCUGAUUGCCAGUCUCCUACGCGAAGUCUGUGCAAGAGGCGAAAAGUCCGCCGGUCUCUCACGUCCGAUCGCACUUACCAUCACUCAACCUCUUGACGUCGUGGAUUUGGUCCCGCUCGCCGCUGCCUUGUUGGAGUAUCCGGUCGCCUACGUCCCUGCCGACGCAGAUCAGACGGCCUUCUUGACAGGCGUCCCUCUGGACGUCUACGACUGCGUGGUCUCUUUCAUUGGUGCCUCUGAUGACGAGGCACAUCCCGAAGACGCACGCGAGCAUACGCUUCUCAAAUUCUCAAGCCCUUCCUGCCUGUCUGAGCAAUCCACGGGUCUGUUGCCCGCUAAAGUGAUGGAGGCACUCCGGGACAGAUUCGGGCCAAGACUGAAUGCGGCGGAAGGACAAUGGAGUCUGGCGUGCGGCACACGACGGAGACACACGAUAGAGUAUCGCUCUAGCCUUGGCUCCCGCCAUAGCUCCCACAGGUUGGCGCCCAGAAGCAAUAGAUACUGAGCACGGAAGGCGAAGGCCGCUAUUCUACGUCGAUGUUGGUGAUUUUAAUAUCUU